AUGACGAUGUCCAAGAGUUUGUACAACGCAUGCAAACAUUUCUCGAGAUCUCUUUGCCAACUGCCUCAUUUACAGCAACAUACAAGAUAUAAACAUUUGCCAAAGUGUGCACGAUUCAUCACAUAUGAUAAAAAGAGCAAAAUAUCGUAUCAAGUUUAUCCAAGUACCCAAAUAAGUUCUUUCAUGUUAGGAUAUUUAGAUCCGCGUUAUGUACGAUGUUCGAAGUUCUUGGAUUUGACUGCAGCAGUGCCUGUGCCGAGCACUGUUUUCAUUAGCUCAGUUCAGUUGUAUUCCUAUAAAGUGCAGUCUUUUGUUCUGUUUGAUGCACCAUUUAUUAUACCAUCCUCGCAUACACAACUGAAAAUGGGUCCAGCAUUCACAAUUCCACAACAGCAUACUAACUUUUCACAAGAUGGUUCGAUAUAUACGUCAACAACUAAUCCUACUGUGCAUUCACUUACAAAUAACAGUGUUAAUUGA